AUGCAGUUUAAGCUCGCUUUGUUAGCUCUGGCAGGCUGUGCCUUUGCCGCAGAGACCACUUCGUUGAAAACCUGUUUUGGACACCAUUCAGGUGCCCUGCGCUCGAUUUGUUUUGAAACCCGUACACGACUAACGCUUCUAGAUUCUACCUUGACCUCCACCACCUCUAUCUCGGUGCCAUCAGGAUGCUCGUUUUCGAAGACCCUGACCGCCACUGCUCAAUCCGACCUGGACGAACUGUCCUCCUGUUCGGCCAUUGAGGGUGACGUCUACAUCACCGGUGAUUUGGGCACGGCUUCCAUCGCUAACGUCAAGGCCAUCUACGGCUCGUUGACUGCUUUCAACUGCUCCAACCUACAGUCGCUGAGAGCAGACUCCUUGACCACCAUCACCAAGCAGCUCGAGUUGACCGACUUGUACGUCUUGGACACUCUUUCGUUCGGUUCUCUGGUUUCUGUUGGUUCCAUCAACUGGGUCACCCUGCCGGCAUUGACACAGGCUGGUCUGGCUGCCGGUAUUUCUGACUGCCAAAGCAUCUACAUCUCCGACACCCGGCUGGAGUCUCUCGAGGGUUUCAACCCGAUCAACGUUGAGACGUUCAACAUCAACAACAACAAGAACUUGGCCUCCAUCAGCUCGGAUAUCAAGUCUGUUUCCAACGCUCUUUCUGUCUCUUACAACGGUGACGACACCAACGUGACGUUCGACUCUCUCGCGUGGGCCAACAACAUCACGUUCUACUCUGUCUCGUCGAUCUCGAUGUCCAACAUCAGCGCCGUCAACUCUUCGCUUGGUGUCUUCGAGUCCAACGUCGAGUCGCUUGAGAUUCCUACCCUGACGAAGAUCGGCGGUGACCUUUCGAUCAUCGACAACGACGACUUGUCCGAGAUUGACCUCUCUGAUUUGCAAUCCGUUGGUGGUGGCUUCGUCAUUGCUAACAACUCGAACUUGGACACUAUCGACGGCUUUGACAGCCUGCAGUCCAUUGGCGGUGCCGUCAUCCUCAAGGGUGAGUUCGACAACGCCACUUUCCCAAAACUCACUACCGUUAGAGGUGGUUUCGACUUGGAGACCACCGGUGAGGCCGACUGUAGCGAGUUCAACAGUCUGGAGAAGAAGGGCGGUAUCCAGGGUGACAAGUUCGUCUGCUCUGCUGCAACCGAGUCCUCGUCGUCCAUCAACCACUCCAAGACCUCGACUGGCUCCUCCUCUGCCACGUCCUCGGGCUCUAGCGACGAGUCGACUUCUUCUGGAUCUUCCUCUUCCUCCAAGGCUGGUGCCGCUGUCAACACUAUCUCUGUCUUUGGUGUUAUGUCUGCCUUGCUCCUUGCAUUGCUGUAA